AUGAGCGAUUACUGUUUCAAAGAUCCUACUCCCGCUGCUAGAGAGUUUCUCGUUGAUAAGUUCAAUCAAGAGUUUAAUAUUAGCGUAACAUACCGCUUCUUCAAAGAAAAACUUGAUCAACUUAAAAGAAAAUACAAGAAGUACAAACAUCUUAUGAAAAAUUAUACGGGCAUUUCGGUUGAUCCUACUACAUCUGUGAUAUCUGCGUCUGAUUCAUGGUGGAAAGAUCGUGAAUCUCAAUACUCUUUGCACCAAAGAAGAGAAGAGUUGAUGAAUAAUGGUCAAAAUAAUGAUGAAGGUCAUUAUUACUCUGAAACAUAUGGUGGUGAAAUGCAACACACUCAGAUUCCUGAAACACAAGAAAAUGAAGAAAUUUCCAAUCCCAGAGUUCAACAACGAGGUGGACUAAGGCGUGGAAGUAGUUAUAAGUUGAAGUUUUUACAAGCUCUUACUGGAUAUACACGGGACAGCGAAUUAGUGGGAAAGCGGUUAGAAUCUGGACAAAAAUUUGGUAGUCCAACUUGUGGGCAAUGGAGUUCGGGUUCUCAACAAUGGGGAACACCUCCAAAUCCACCACAAUGGGGUACACCUCCAAGUGCCCCGCAAUGGGGAACACUGCCAAAUGCUCCGCAAUGGAGUUCACCUUCAAAUGUUCCGCAGUGGGGUACACCGCCAAAUGCCCCACAAUGGGGUACACCACCAAAUGCACCGCAAUGGAGUUAA